GAUGUGUCAUCUGUCAGUUGAUAUCGGUGUAGAAUGUUAACAUGAAAUAAUAUUUUUAUUAAACAUUACAUUUAAACAUGAUUGAAUUCAAUUUUAGCAACGACAGAACGAUAAUCUAUUCAUAAUGGAAUCCAGAAAAGAUAUUUACAAUCUCUGGAUCCAAUACACAACAAAGAAUGAAGAAAUAUAUUUUAGACAAUUCGUAGCAGGAUUUGUGGGAAUAUGGGAGUCCCAAUUAUGUCUCGAUGUAAAUAAACCCCCUAGUCUAACCGAGACUAAAAGUGAUUCAGGGCCCCAUUUGACAAGACUGCCAGAUGAACUGUUACCAGCUAUUGGCAAAUUUUUAUACAUAGCUAAAGAUACAGCUGAGAAGGAUAUUAUUACACCAAGAUUCCUCAAUGAAGCAGAAGUGCUGAUUAAAUGUUUGACAAUAAUAUGCAGAAAUUUUGAUAAUAUCCCCCUCAUAUCCUCUUGUGAAUAUAUCAGUCAAUGUAUAUCAAUUGCCAGUAUUGUUGUGCACAAGUUGCUAAAAAACCCAAUUGAAAAUGCCGAUUCAUUUCUCCGUUCCUUAGCACUGAUGUUAGAAGUACUGUACGAUCCAUAUUUCACUUGGAGAAAUUUUUUAUUAAAUAAUAAUGCUGAUUUUGCAAGACUGCAACACCAACCAGCUUUGCUUCAUGUAGAAGUCAUUCCAUUUAUCUAUGAUUGUUUUCAAUCCUCGUUAAUGUUUUCUUAUCCGGAAAUAAGUACAGCUCUUUUACAUGUAUUAGGUGCGGUGAUAUUUGGUGCCCAAAAGAUGAUUUUGAAUUAUAAACCUAUUGACAAUUGGAAUUCUGAUGGUAUGGCUCGUAGACUUAGUGAAGGGCACAACGGUCAACGUGCCAUUUGCCCAGCCACUGUCAGCAUUCUUAUGGACGUAAUAGGACGAAAAACCGUCGAUUGUGAAGUGCGCACAAUUGCCCUGCGCUGUUUCGUAGCCAUGGUGCAGGUCCUGCACAGAUCUACUCCAGACCAGAGGCAGAUAGAACUAGCUACGAUCCUAAGCUUAUUUCACACGACGUUUGUUAAAUUUCUGUCUGAUCAAUCUGAAGAAAAUCUAGUGAUAUCUGAGGAUAAUCAAGAUAAUGUUAAAACAAUUGCCAUAUGCUCUAUUGUUAAUUCCGUAAAACUGUUAAUGACAAAUGGUGCUAAUAAUGUUCUGAUAGCUCAGGCUUUAGUAGAUGCUAAUUUGUUGAAUUUGUUAGUAACACUGCCGAAACAUACAAAGAAUUGGGAUAUAGAUCAUCAAUUACUAGCCACAGAAUGUAUAAGUAGUUUAUCUCGAAUUACACACCUAUGUGUAUCUGCUAGAGAAAUUUUUAUCAAAAAUGACUAUUAUGAUAUUUUUAUGUCAUAUGUUGCUGAGCUUGGGACACCAUCAAGAUCUUUAUUAUGCCAGUUACUAAAAAUGAUAACCGGAGAUGGAAAUGAUAACACAAUUUGUAAUUCACACAUUCUUAUAAGAUUAAUCACUUGGAUCAUUGAUAUGGAUGAACAUGAUCAGCCUUGGAUUUCAGAGGAGAUAUGCAAAAUAUGCACCGAAGGCUUAUUAAGGUAA